UGUUUUGAUUGUUUUCUAUGGUUUUUUAGGACAAAAGUAGUGAUCGAUUGACGAGUGAUUGAAAUGUAAAUCACUUGUGGUUUAUAUCUGUAUUCAAUUGAUCUGUUACUGAGCUUUUGGUGACCACAAGACAUGACAUGACAUGAAUGGAUGUGUCGUUAAAUUAAAGUGCAAUCAAUAGUGACGUCCAACACAUCCAAAGGGAUCCAAAGGCAAUGUUGUCAUCGUUUUCCGUCACUUCUGUCAGUCGUCUCAUAAUUGCCGUUGUCAUUGUAUGGCUUCUGAUAAUCUUUGUGAUAACGGGUCCACUGAUUGGUUGGUCACACAAUCGAGAGGACAGUAUCGGUAAUGCGGACACCAAUAGCAACGGAGAGAUGAUUUUGGCCCGACUUUCGCGAGCCAUGAAUGAGUUGACGGCUCUUAAGUCGCAGAACGAAGAGCUCAGAAGUCUUCUCCAGAACUAUCUGCCCAUCGAUUUGAGUCCAGUCGUCACUUCAGUCAGACAUUCCUCCGAUUCUAAAGCACAACAAUUUCCAUCACAAGAGUAUGAGUUGACGAGACGUCGCAUUGAAUCCAAUGUCAACGAAUUGUGGCAUUACUUGAGAGCGAAGACCAACUCAUCGACGAUGCAAUUCGUCAAUGAAAUGAGACAUCACUUGUUAUACGAUUUGGAAACCAUUGAAAAACGUGAUAAUCGUUGGCGAAAAGCAGAACUGAAGAGUUUGAGUGAUUUGGUUCAGAAUAAGAUGAAAGAGUUGCAAAAUCCAGCCAAAGAGUCGUGUGGAUCGGCCAAGAAGUUGAUUUGUCAGCUCAACAAAGGCUGUGGAUUCGGGUGUCAAAUACAUCACUUGGUGUACUGUAUGAUCGUCGCGAUGGCCACAAAGCGGACACUCAUAAUGAAUGCUCAUAAUUGGCGUUACGCUCACUCCAAAGGCAAGUCGUCGGACGCCAAGGGCUGGGACUCUGUUUUCCUGCCGUUAAGCGAAACGUGUUUAGACGAAAGCGGUUCCAGUCGUGUGUCCUGGAGUUCGUCUCCCGAUCUCGACUCAUAUCAGGUCAUAGAUCUGCCAAUCAUUGAUUCGAUGCGAAAGCGUCCCAACUAUUUGCCAUUAAGUAUACCGCAAGAGUUGUCUUCACGGCUGAUCCAACUCCACGGCUCACCAAUAGUUUGGUUUAUCGGACAAAUAGUCAGUUAUCUGAUGAGACCAUCGCCUGAAAUGAUUGAUUACAUUAAUCAACAAAAAGAUCGCUUCAAAUUCAGGACACCUAUAGUUGGCGUUCACGUGAGGCGUACCGAUAAAAUCGCCGAGCGUUUGGUGUAUUUAGCGACCGAUGACUCCUCGUUGUGGACCAAAGAAGUGAAAGAGUUUGAAGACAAGGGCUAUGUAUUCAUUGGCGACUCACAGAUUUCCCAAACAGCGAGUAUUGGUCGCCGGUAUUCAAUCGAUUCGUUACGGAAUAUAAUACUAGACAUAUGGCUGUUAAGCGAAUCAGAUUUUCUGGUUUGCACUUUCAGUUCGCAAGUGUGUCGUCUGGCGUACGAACUCAUGCAAAACAGAACUGAUCUGAAAACCGACAAAUCCAACGCUUUCUAUUCGUUGGACGACAUCUAUUACUUCGGAGGUCAGAGCGAUCACAACCAGAUCGCGGUCUUAAGUCACAAACCAAACAAUAAACAAGAGAUUGAUCUUAGAAUUGGAGACAUAAUCGGAACGGCUGGAAACCACUGGAAUGGUUUCAGCAAAGGUUUAAAUCGAGAUACAAAACAAAGCGGUUUAUAUCCCGGCUUUAAGACCAUCGAGAAGAUAGAAACCGCGAACUUCAAGCUCUUUGAACCCAAUUAACGAGAUUUUAGUUUUUGUUUUUUUUUUAAUUUUGUUGUUAACCAUUUAAAUUAUAAUAAAAAAUCAUACAAAAAGGUA